AUGCUCACGGAUCCAACAGCAGAGCCCAUCGCAUUAACACUCAAGUCGGAAACGAAAGACGCUGAUUUUAGCUCUUUCCUUGUCGACGAUAGUCGAAUUGUGCUCAAUAUCAUCGACACGCCAGGUCUGUUUGAAACCAAUACUGAAGAGCAACAGAUUCGUGACAAUGACACAAUCAUAAGCACAAUUCAACGGUGCGUUAAUCGUGAGCUAACUAAAUUUCAUCUCAUCUGCUUCUGUGUGUCCGUUAUCGCUGGUAUUAACAAAGAAGAUGUGGCUUCUCUGAAACUGUUUAAGGAAUAUCUUGGCGAGCAAGUUUCGAGCAACUCUUGCUUGAUAAUAACGCGUUGUGAGCUCAAAGAUGAAGAAGAGCGAGCUAAAAUUCGCAAGGAACUUGAAGAAGAUACCCAUUUUAAACCGAUUGCCGGCUUUUUCUCACAAGGCGUCCAUUUCUCUGGCUCUCUGGAUUAUGAUGCCUAUAAAAGUUCGCCACUUACACUUGAAGACCAAUUCGACACUAUCAUGCAAGAUCGAGCUCAGCUCAUUCAACUGCUUCUUACAGAUAUCAAGCCCUUCAAUGUUAGCAAUUCUCUUAUAAGCGAUCUUUUUCAAUGGCAGCUCUUAUUGGCCAGGAAGCAGGAAGAAAUUGACCUUCUGCAAACCGACAAAAACAGCUACAUCAACGAUAUUGAACUUAUGAAAAAUAAGAAACAAGAGCAGGAACUUGUGAUUAAAAAGCUGAAAUUGGAAGCAAGAAAGCAAAAUGGUAAUGGAUGCACGAUUUCCUAA